UCAUCAUCAUCAACCUCUCUUUUUUCUUUUCUUUUCUUUUCAUUUUCUCAUUAAACAAACAAUUAAUUGAGCUUUGUGGAAGGAGACGUUUCCUCGUUUUUCAGCUGUUUGUAUCUUCUGACACACCUUGAUUGCGUUUUCAUUAUAUAUAUAAUUUUUUUUAUAGAUUUCUCAGCUCAACAGAACUGGUCUCUCUCUCUCUCUUUCUCUCUCGGUCUCUUUUUCCUUGAAAAGUUCUUUGUUGCUCAUCAAAGGUAGCAUGGAUUGCAUCAAAUGAUUUGAAAACAGAGGGUCAAAUCAAAAAGAACUUCCCCUGUAUUGAUCUAUUCACUCACAGUUGGUGUGGAAUUGCAGAGGAUUUUGAGUCUGACACAGAGCUUUCCCUCUUUGGAACUGAAGGGACUGAUGAAAUCCAAAACAUAGAUAGAUCACGUUGACAGGUUUUGGGUCACUGUAAUUGAAAUUCUCCUUUUCUUUGCAUUUCUCAGACGAUCAUGAAGCACGUGCGCACCCCAAUUUAUGUCACACCAGGAUUCUUUUCAGAAGGCUUCGAGAGCCAGAUUAAAGUAUCAUCAAUUAUUGGGAGUUGUUUGAUGGGUUGAUCCGCAAAUCAUACCCAAAUAUUCAUCACAAAGCUUAAGUGAAGUGACAACAUAUUUUUACCCGAAACCGAUGGCGACGUACUAUCAUGGUAACUCCGAAAUCCAAUCAGCUGGCGGCGGCGCCGACGGACUCCAAACUCUAGUUCUCAUGAAUCCCGGCAGCUACAUCCAAUACUCAGACAACACGCCGCAGCAACCACCGCAGUCCCACACCGCCGGCAAUCUCGUCUUCCUCAACGCCGCCUCUGCCGCAAGCAACAACAACAACAACUCCUUCUCCCCCCACGCGCCGCCCACUCACGGCCAACAAUUCGUCGGCAUCCCUCUCCAAGCCUCGUCCUCACAAGACCUCAACCACCACCACCAGCAGCACCAUCAUUCCAUCGACGUUCCAUCCUUGCAUGGCUUCAUGCCCCGCAUGCAGUACAAUCUCUGGAACACAAUUGACGGCAACCCGGCGGCGCGUGACACACCACGCGCUCAGCAAGGGCUUUCCCUGAGCCUCUCCCCGCAGCAGGUGCAGAUGGGGUCUUUUCGGGAGGGACAGGCGCAGGCACUGUCUGGCGGGUCGCCGUCUUCCGCUUCUGGGGUGACUCACAAUGGUGCUUCCGGGGUUCAGAGUGUGCUUCUGAGCUCAAAGUAUUUGAGAGCAGCGCAUGAGCUUCUAGAAGAGGUGGCGAAUGUUAACACUGAAUUGGCGAAGAAGAGUGGUGGACCGAACAAUAGGCUGAUCGGAGAGUCGUCGGUGGCAGGUAGUGGAGGUGGGGAAGGGAGUGAGAAGCGUAGCGCUGAGCUUUCAACUGCGGAAAGACAAGAAAUUCAGAUGAAGAAGGCAAAGUUAAUCAGCAUGCUUGAUGAGGUGGAGCAAAGGUACAGACAGUACCACAACCAGAUGGAGAUUGUGGUUUCAUCGUUUGAGCAAGCUGCAGGGAUUAGCUCAGCGAGAACUUACACUGCACUUGCACUGCAAACAAUCUCCAAGCAGUUCCGGUGUCUGAAAGAUGCAAUAACAGGCCAAAUUCGAGCAGUGAAUAAGAACUUGGGAGAAGAGGAUUGCUUUGGAGGUAAAAUGGAAGGUUCAAGACUCAAAUAUGUAGACCAUCAUCUAAGGCAACAGCGAGCUCUCCAACAAUUGGGAAUGAUCCAGCACAAUGCUUGGAGACCCCAGAGAGGAUUGCCUGAAAGAUCUGUUUCUGUUCUUCGCGCUUGGCUCUUUGAACACUUCCUCCACCCCUAUCCAAAGGAUUCGGACAAGCACAUGCUUGCAAAACAAACAGGACUUACUAGGAGCCAGGUUUCAAAUUGGUUUAUAAAUGCUCGAGUUCGGCUUUGGAAGCCAAUGGUGGAAGAGAUGUACAUGGAGGAGAUGAAGGAGCAUGAGAACAAUGGGUCUGAGGAUAAAUCAAGCAAGAGCAAUGAAGAUUCUUCAAAGAAAAUGGCUGCAGCAUCUCAAGAGAAAGGUCCUAUCUCUGAAACUGAAGCUGGAAGUUUCAAUUCCAAAGGCCAAGACAAUCCUGCAGUUUCAGUUUCUAGACCACCAACAUCACCAAUGGGAGGAAAUGUCAGAAACCAAUCAGGAUUCAGCUUCAUGGGAUCAUCAGAACUUGAAGGAAUCACACAAGGAAGUCCCAAGAAACAAAGGAACCAGGAAAUGAUGCAUUCGACAAACAGUGUCCCUUCAAUCGACAUGGAUGUCAAGUCCAAUGAUGCAAACAAUGAGCAUCUUUCAAUGAAAUUUGGUGAUGAGAGGCAGCAAGGCAGAGAUGGGUACUCUUUCAUGGGAAACCAAACAAACUUCAUGGGAGGUUUUGGACAGUAUCCAAUUGGUGAUAUUGGUAGGUUUGAUGCUGAGCAAUUCACACAAAGGUUUUCAGGUAAUGGAGUGUCUCUCACUCUUGGUCUUGACUCAUUACCAGGAACUCAUCAAACAUUUCUCCCAAACCAGAACAUUCAACUGGGAAGAGGCCUUGACAUCAGUGAACCGAACGAGUUCGACGCCAUGAACACUUCUUCUCCUCACUCUUCAGCUGCUGCUUAUGAGACUAUCAGCAUGCAAAACCCAAAGAGGUUUGCAGCACAAUUGUUGCCAGACUUUGUGACAUGAAUAAGUGUCUGAAGGGUACACUGCACAAUUUCUUCUGAUUUCCCUGAUUAUGAGGGGGAGUAAUGAAAAAUAGUAGUGUAAAUAAAGAAGGAAUUUUACAUUAGUAUAGGUUUAUACCCUACAUAGAACCAUUUUAGUUCUUAGAUAGUACAGAAUUGGAGAGUUUAUGGUUGAGGUUGUAUAUUAUUUUUGUCGGUUCUGAAGGUGGGAAUGGGAUAGAGGGAUUGAUGUCAUAAAUAUUAUUUUGGUAAACAUACCAAUAUAUCUUCGAUUGAGAAUAUGACGUUGUGAUAUUUUGCAAA